AUGGCGGCCAAGUUGUGCAGAACACUUCUUAAAACUAACCCUUGCAGGCUUCAGGUUAGGACGCUGUGUGAUGUACAAGGAUACACUCCAAGGCGAUCUUUUCUCUAUAUCCCAGGAAAUGAAGAGCGCAAAGUGACCAAGGCAACUGGUUUAAAAGCGGAUUGUGUUGUUUUGGAUUGCGAAGAUGGAGUCGCUUCAAACAAGAAGGUAACCUGUUUGGGUUGAAUUUGAGAGAAUUUUAUGAAAACUUAAAGCUUGUGAAAUAAAGAGAUUUUUUCUGUUUUGUGAUCUUGUUAAAGGGAAUUCUGGUCCUUAGCUAGAAAAUGCAUUUAUGUUAAUAACAGCUGACAAGUGCAAUGGAUAAAUAGAUCGGAAUACAUCGGUAGUAAACUAACGAUAAUCACUUUUUCAUUGAUAUCGAUUGAGUCAAUCAUCAUUAGAAAUCGAUGGUUACUUUUUUAUUGUUAUCGAUAUCGUUUUCGAUUUCAUGAUAUUGUCGAUUUCAUUGCCUUUGUGGAUCAAAACACCUCAUCCCUUAAAAAAGUAGUGAAAAUUGGGCUGGUUUGGAUGACCUGCGGACAACAAGCAAAUGUUUUCAUUUGCUUUUCCAUUCACUGUGGAUUUACGCAUCAUUGGAUUGUUUUGAAUCAGUUGUUUUUGCUACAUUUAGGCAGUCUGACUGAGGGGUUAGAACACUUAACUUACAAUCCAGAGAUCCUUAUUUCAAGCCACUCCUCCUCCACCACCUCCCAUCCACUGGUUGGCCUUUUUGAGGCCAUAUUAGGGUCAAAUUGUGACAAGCGACACGGCCUUGAAACAGCAACAUAAGACUAGAUAAAAUGGUAACAAACAACAUAAAGAUGGGUUAAAUACUGAUAGGGGCAUGGCCUACUCCUCAAAACGUGAACCUUCGUCCCUCCCCCUCCCCCCUCCCUCACUCAGAGGCCUUCCUUGUUGACAUAACUAUUUUCUUGUUUAGGAAGAAGCAAGGAGCACUAUUCACAAUCUUCUUGGUCAACUGAACUUUGGCUCUAGUGAAGUGUGUGUCCGUAUCAACUCUAUUGAAACUGGCUUAGCGGAAGAUGAUUUAAGAGCUGCCCUAACAGCAAAGGUUUUGCCUCACUCUAUUGUGGUGCCCAAAGUAGAUACUGUGGAACAUUUGGAUUGGGUAAAUUUCUUUUUAUAUAGCCUUCCUUGAAAAUUCUUGCAGUUAUCUUUUACGCGCAAGCUUGGAAGCUGAGAUUUUGGGCACCUGUCCUUCAUUAGGCUAUACAUGUAGUGAUACUGUUUUUAACAUGGAGAAAUGAAAGGAUUACGUGUGUGUGUUUUUUUGUCAUGAUUGCAAUUCUAACUUUGGUGCUCGUUUCAAAGUACAGUCGAACCUGUUUAAUACGGACACCAAAGGGACAGAACCAGGUGUCCGAUUUACAGAGAUGUCUGUAUUAUAGAGGUAGGGAAUGUAUGAUUUUUGGCAUUUCUGGGACCAAACGAACUGUCCGUAACAGAGAGGUGUCCGUAUUAUAGAGGUGUCUGUAAGGAGAGGUUAGACUGUACCAUUACUAACUUGUAAUACAACCUUACUGAGUCUCUUGACUGUAGAUCACUCAACUGAGAAUUUUUUCUGGGCUUGUGGGUGAUCAAAUUCUUUUCUUCUGUAAUUAUGAGGUCAUUUAAAAGACAAUCCAUAGGUUUUUACUAUGUUUAUUUGCCAUCAAAAAAAUUUUACUUUUUCCUGCAAUAAUCAUCAAUUUAAUAUUUUCCAUAAUCAAUUAUCACGUCACUGAAACAUUUUGAUCAAUGAUCGAUUGAAAUUGAUGACUGGCACACCACUACUUUAUGUGUCUUUUCACUAUUCACUACAUGCAAGUUUUAGUGAACAAGGGGAAUAAAACACUCACAAUUCCAUAUUUGAAUGGUAAUUCACCCAACAUGCUUUAUCCUAGAUUGACUUUUUUAUUGCCCCUUUCAGCUAAGUGAUAAAGUUUCAGCUAUUGCAAAAUCCAAGAGCAGUCAGCUUGGCCUAAUCACCCAGAUGGAAAGUGCUAUUAGUCUUUUGAACCUACGAGCUAUCUGUGAGCAUGGCAGAGCUGAAGACAAAGCCUUCAAGUUUGAGGCCUUAGUGUUUGGUUCUGAUGACUUUCUUGUGAGUAUAGGUAGGAUUAUUAGUUCAGGUAGUUAUUAUAAUUUGCAAACAUGUUAACUUUGUUUCAGAUGUUGUCGUUAUGUCAAAAAAGCUAUACAUUUACCCAAACCCUAUCCUUCUAUAAACUCCAGAUUAGACUCAUUCUAUCCUUUACAAUGGGCCCUUUGAAUUCCAAAAACGCUCACUGUCAAUAUCAAUAAUAUAGAAAAUGGUUGUCUUGCGUUCACUUCCUCCACAUAAAAUAUGGUCAUGUAACAACAGCUAACAAAAUGUUCAAAAAAGCAUGAUGCACGUGCCUAGUCUUGUUUUGCUAAUGUAAACUUACUGCGUUUUGUCCUUCUUGUUGCCUUUGCCGUUGCCUGAACUCAUAUGGGCCACGUGUCGAAGGACUUUUCAUUCUUGACCGGUGCUAGUUUUAGUGACUCAAAAACAGGUCACUGUGCUCAGACCAAUCAGAUUUGCUCUUUAGGGACCUUGGGGAUAAAGUUGUCAAUCAACCUCUCACAACUUCAUCUCUCACUUGGCUGCUUCAUAGCAUAAAAAGCUUGCUCUGCUUGCUAUCUGCUGUGAAAGUGAAACUCGUAAUGUCAGCUGGUGGUAAGUCUAAGGCUAGUGGGGCCAAGCAAACAACAGUUACUGAAACAAAUAAUUUGAAUAAGCAUAACAGGGUGAAACAUUCCAGCUGGCUGGACACAAACCAGUUGGCUAUAAUUUUACAGGGGUGGUUGAGGAUUUGAGCUCAGGAUUAAGUAUGGAGAACUAGCCUAGCUAUCAGUCAGGGUGGGACUUGAAUUUGGGGACUCCAAACUGAAAUUCCAGUGCUCUAACCACUUGGCAAUGAGAGUAUUUGUUUUAAAAAAACUCCAGAAUUGGCCACCUAGUGAUUCUGUAGUUCACACUGAUUGAGUGAGUUCCGUGAGUUCUUCUACAUCAAGUGCAAAAAAUUUCUUUUUUUAGGGGCCAGCCGAACUGAAGAUGUCAAGGAGUUAAUUCAUGCUCGUCAGAGUGUGGUAGUACAUGCCAAGGCAUACGGCCUCCAAGCAAUUGACAUGGUGUAUAUUAAUUUCAAAGGUAAUUUGAAAAUAUGUCCAGGGAAAUAAGAGAUUUAGGCACUAAGGGACAAAAACAAAGCACAGUGGUGAAUUGGUCAAAGAUUUUGAAGACUCGCCUGCAACAGAAACAAAGGACAUAAUGUUGACUUGUCCAGUGCAAGUGUCCAAACUGAAUGAUGAUGUCACCAAAUAUUGAUAUAUUAGUUUGAAAUGCAAUGCAUUGUGGGAAGACUUUCACUCCUUCUCUGGCACCGGGCUAUAACUUUACUAAUUAGUUUCAUUAUAACAAACAUUUAAAGGAGCAGUGUAUCAAUAUGUGGUGAUAUACGUUUCAAAAAAAUUUUUGUAUGUUUCAGAUUUACUUACUGAUUUAAUUAUCAUUUGUCAGCUAAUGUUAGCAGCUAAUAGCAAGAGUGUUGUUUUAGACCCUGAAGGUUUAAGAUCACAGGCAGAAGAAGGAGCAAGGUUUGGAUACACAGGUAUAGUGAGCUCAAACAAGCAGUAUUAUUGACCUACAGUUGUAAGGUGUUCUUUUAGUUUAUAGCCUCUCCUGCAAUAACUGGACGGUUUAACAUGAGGCAUAAUAGACGAAAGUGGAUGUCCUUUUAUAGCAUUAGAAACUUUUCUGAAAAUUUUAAGGUCUUGCCUCUCUAAGAAAUCAUAAACACUUACAGGUUUAGACAUUUAUUUUCUUUUAAAACAGUGGUCUAAGAAACAGUGUACAGGUGUAAGAUUGGGCUCGGACGUGGCGUAGACAGAUAAUGCAUAAUUAAUAUUAGGUAAAACUAUUGUAUUAAAGAGAAGGUCUAUUUCUGACUGAUUGUACCCCUCUUAGCACAGCGUUCCAAGGAUAUGUAGUGAUUUGUUAGCUUUAGUAAGUUUGUUCUUUACGUGCACUGAAAAUUUGCUGUGGCAUAUGAAGAUUUGUAUAAGAACCUUUUCUACAUCCAGUUUUAGCAUACAAAUUUCAAGUCAGAGCAAUGAUUUCAAACAAAUCGAAUAUUUCAUUCGAAGUGCUUGAACUUCAUCAAUGAUGUGAAAUGUAAGAUUUUGUAACAGAAAUGUUGUUACGUAUUCCCAGGAGAGGAUUGUAAGUGAGGGGGAGUUCCGCACCCUGGUCACCAUUCGGAGAGAAGUUUUCUGUCUAACUGUCCCUGACAUGCUUGAAAUCUAAGACUUGUCUACAGGGGGUUUCAUAUUGUGUCCACCCCAUAUUUCCUGGUCUUUCUCUUUACAGGCAAACAAAUAAUACAUCCUGGACAAAUAGACAUUGUGAACAAGGCAUUUUCUCCAAGUGAAGAAAAAUUCAAAUGGGCAUCAGAUGUUGUGACUGCUUUUGAAGAGCAAGAAAAACAAGGAAAGGUCAGUGGAAUAGAUGAUCCAAGGAAAUACCUUGGCAUAAUGUCAUGAGCAGUGUUGGUGUGUGCCAGAAAGCCAAAGAAAAACAAAGAGUAUGACUGAAGAACAGUAAAGACCAACUCUAGCAGUCCAUUUUAAAGAGAUGUUCUAUUUAAAGGGAGUCUAAGAAAAUGUCUGAAGAAUAGCAGAAACCAAGUUUAGGUGUCCUGUUUUAGGGAGGUGUCCACUAUAUAUAGAGUCAAAGAAAAUGACUGAAGAACAACAGAAACCAACCCUAGGUGUCCUGUUUUAGGGAGGUGUCCACUAUAUAGAGAGUCAAAGAAAAUGACUGAAGAACAACAAAAACCAACUCUAGGUGUCCCGUUUUAGGGAGGUGUCCACCAUAUAUAGAGUUAAAGAAUAUGACUGAACAACAACAGGGACCAAACCUAAGUGUCCAUUUUAGGGAGGUGUCCGCCUUGUAGAGAGUCAAAGAAAAUGACUGAAGAACUUCAGGGACUAACUCUAGGUGUCCGCUUUAGGGAGGUGUCCACCUUAUAGAGGGGCAAAGAAAAUGAUUGAAGAACAAUAGGGAUCAACUCUUGGUGUCUGUUUUAGGGAAACAGGGACCAACUAGGUGUCUGUCUAGGGAGUGCCUGCCUUAUAGAGCUAGCUGUCCUUUAAGAGAGAUUUGACUUAAUUUUCAUCUGUUUCUGCCAACAGGGAGCUAUAGAUUUCCAUGGUUAUAUGAUUGAUAUGCCAACUGUUCAACAGGCAAGAAAUGUACUUCGUUUGGCAGAGGCAACAGGAUCCAGCCAGUAA